ACGUCAUUUUUGAGAGACUCGGGUGGGUGUUUGGUUUGGGGGAAAGAAGGCAACAUGGCGUCAGGAUCAGCCGAGUCUUCCACUGGCCAGGAUGCAGAACUGGAUGAGUUAUUGGACAGUGCGUUAGAUGACUUUGACAAGACGUCGGCGCCUCCAGCUCCUGAGGCGGCAGCUGCUUCGUCUUCAGCCAAGAGCGGAGCAGCAAAGCCCCCCAUGCUGGAGGACACCAAGUUCUUUGAGACUCUGUUUGAGGGCGACAUGGCCAGCCAAGCCAGGGAGGAGUGGGAGAAGGCCAUGACUGAACUAGCCCAGGAGGAGCCAGAGCUGCUCCAACACUUCCAGAAACUAUCAGAGGCUGCAGGGAAAGUUGGUACUGAUGUUGCCUCCCAACAAGAAUUCACCUCCUGUCUUAAAGAAACCCUCAGUGGCUUGGCCAAAAAUGCAGACAACCUGCAGAGUGCAGGGUUAGCUGGCGAGGAUCUGGUCAAGGCUCUAGAGGGCCUGGGAUUGGACGAGGGCGGAGAAGGGGGCGGGGAAGACGGUAACAUCCUGCCCAUCAUGCAAUCCAUCAUGCAGAAUCUUCUCUCUAAGGAAGUGCUUUAUCCGUCGCUCAAAGAGAUCACUGCCAAGUACCCAGAGUGGCUGGAUACCAAUAAGACCAGCCUCAGCCAGGAGGACUACCAGCGGUACGAGCAGCAGGCCAAAAUCAUGGGAGACAUCUGCAAGCAGUUUGAGAGCGAGGAGGAGGGGGGAGGGGACAGGGAGGGCGUGUUUGAAAACAUUUUGGAACUGAUGCAGCAGCUGCAAGAUCUGGGCCAGCCACCCAAAGAGCUAGCUGGUGAUGCCCCACCGGGCUUCAACUUCGAUAUGGAGUCCCUGAAUCUCCCAGGAGUCCCUGGGGCGGGCGCGGCGGAGCAGUGCUCAAUCAUGUGAUCCGGGGAAGCGGCGCGGCUCAUCGGAGACACCGAAGCCCGGGUCUGUCUGGGUGCGUCAGAGAUGGGGAGUGAAGGAGGGAGGACAGAGUGUGAGGACGAGGUCGAGCAGAGCGGCGACUCUGCUCUCCCUGACGCAGGGGGUUUCUGGAUGGCAGACGGGAGGAAGCGAGGCUCGAGAAAAAAACCAACAGGAACCACACACAACUACACACGUGAACACACACUCUGCUCUCAUGUCACAAGAAUCACUGAACGCACAACUGACAACACGUUAACAUCUCCGCUUUUUGUCAGCAGCUGCCACAGCUCCUUCCUGGCUCGGUUGGUGAUGGCAUUCCCCAAAAAAUGAAAAUACACUACCCAUCUCUCAUUAGUUUGUAGUAUACUGUUUAGCCUCAUGGUGAAAUCUGACCGGCCACUUCACGGGUAUAAACAGUGCCUUUGCAAAAUGGUUCUGAAUUGUUAUUUUAGGUUUUACUGUAAGGUGAAGAUUCUGCCACUUUCCAGUGAAGUACCUCUUAGGGGUAAGAUUUUUAAAAAAUGUGGAACUGCUUUAUCAUAAGAUGCCAAGUUUACACAAACUCAGCCAUCAUUUGGUGUCGUGGUUUGAUUCACCCAUAAAUUCACCUCUGUUUCUAUACAGGCGCAGGAUUUGACUCUCAAAAUUUGCUGUCUUUAUGAUUAACAAGAUGUGUACAUGAACGCUGAAAAAAAAAAAUGUAUAUUUGUUAACUAUGUAAAGAAUACAGAAGACAGUUGAGGAUUUAACGCCUCAGAAUAAUAUAAAUUCCUAGCACUUAUUUCAGCCGACUAAUUUUACAUGACCCAUCCGCUGUGUUUUAUUUCCCAAUCAAGGUAUUGAUUUGAAGUGAUGUGCAAAUAAUGACUCCCAGAUGCCUUUGCUGUGAUCAUUAGAGUUAGGAUUUCUAUAGAGCUGCAACGAUUAGUCGAGCAAUCGAUGUAGUUGUUAACUAUAAAAUUAAUCGGCAACUGUUUUGAUAAUGGACUAAUCAUUUUGAGUCAUUUUUACGAGGAAAAUAUCCAAAUUCUCUGAUUCCAGCUUCUCUCAAAUGUGAAUAUUUUCCGGUUUCUUUCGUCCUCUGUGGAGGUAAACUAAAUGUCUUUGGGUUGAAUGUCAGUCGGGACAAAAUGAGACAUUUGAGGACGUCGCCUUGGGCUGCGGGAAUCUGCAAUGAACAUUUCUCUCCGUUUUACGGACCAAACAACCAGUCAGUUUGUCAAGAAAAUGACUGACAGAUGAAUUGAUGUUGAAAAUAAUUGUCAGUUGCAGCUCUAGAUUUCUGUGCAGCGUGCUCCCCUGGUGUUUUGGUGUGUGUGUGUGUGUGUGUGUGUGCAGAGAUGUGAUGUGUGGUUAUGGCAUUCAUGUGAGGAAGGUGGAACACUUGGCUGGUGGUCGGGAGUGUGUUAGUACAUGAAAGAGAGUGUGAGUCCCCUCUGCCCUGCAUUGAAACAAGCUUCCCUGAGGAGAAGUGAAACAGGCAGAGCGCUCCCCUCCUCAUGUUGAAUCACACGAGGAGGAAAGUCACACAGAUGUAGUGAAGAGUCAGAAAUGAACACCACACCACCAGCCAGAGCCCUCCAGAUUAGCUUACUCCACCAGCCACUUUGAUAGAUCCCCAGUUUCAGGCUUCUUUUCUGCUCUAAACAUCAAAUUGUCUGGUAAAAUAACAGUGAAAGUGGCUGGAAUCUACCGGCCGCAGCGACCGGUGGACAAAAGUUUACUGCACUGACUAUGGAGAGAGGCCUGGAAACGACACAGCAGGCAGGCCGUCAUCAAUAGCUGAACACCGAGGGGGGCGUUUUGAAAAGAUGAAGUCAGCCGUGCACUGAAAGAGAUUAGACUUACAUCGAACACAGCAGAGAGGAGCUGUGGCUUUUCAUGCGGCCUGUGUUUCAUAUAAUAGACGGGGUGCAAUCUAUUCAAAUCUCAGGGCUGAUGAAAACACGCCCAGGGCACGGUUACAACAAAUGCAACCUGUAAUUUCACACUAGUACUGUUUUUCUUUCUUUCUUUUGUUGUACUUUGUAAAUAUCAACAUGGAAUAAACUAAUGAUAUAACAGC